CGAAAAAUACACUGUACGAGAGGUAGCUAAACAGCUUCUGUGCGGCAAAGAAGCUGCAAAGCCAUAAACGCAGCUCCAAGUCCACUCUCAAAGCCUCGAGCGAGAACAAUUGGCUAUACCUUGAACGAAGGAUGCAACCCGCGGGAUCGCCAGACCCCCGAAACAGCCGUGUCUGGCGGAAACUCUCGCCCGAAGCCCUAGACAGUCUACGAGGCCCGAUCCUGUUACGGCAGACGAGCAGCAUCGAGGAGAACUGGAGGUGGGGCGCGGAGGACUCUAGCGCUGUUGAGGAACACGAUGGAGCAAGUUGGGAUGCUGACUGGGAAUGGGGGGCCGAGAGCAAACAUCAAAACGGAAACACCCGCCCCGCGUUGCCAACCUCGCCAAUAUGCCAGUUUGCCUCACUAUCGCAUGACGCAAACUAUCUUGUCUGCGCCACGGAUCGCUUGUUUGUGGUACUAAAAGCGGGACAGUCACAGGAGUACGCGCUGGUUGGGAAGGGGGUGCCUGAGGAUAGGGAUGAACAGAUCACAGCGGUCACAUGCGCACCGCUAUUCAUUCCCUCGAAUGUAAAAAGCGGUGUAUCGAUAUCCGUGAUAGUUGGCUUCUCGUCCGGCUACUUCAGGAUAUACGAUGAGCGUGGUCGGCUCCUAAUCUCCCAUCUCCUAAAUCUCUCCCCCGUAAUCGGCAUCAAAAUCCGGACAAUCACGCCCACCUCCCUCGCCACCUCCAUCGAACCCGACGGCGACGAAGUCCUUAUCAUCUACGGCGACUCCAAAGCCGUCAGCAUCGACGGCCCGAGCGUGUGGAUGGCCAUCAAAGUGGUCGCGGGUUACAAAGACUUCGGCGAAACCUUGGAGCAGCCCGCCCUCGUGUACAAGAAAUGGCAGUUCGAUAAACAGAAGCGGAUACUGGAUAUGGUCAGUUUGGGCCCUGCGAGCGCGACGGUGAUUAGCCCGCCGGCUUUUCACCCGGUUUCGAGCACGUUUCUGAGCACGAGACGGACGGCGAGGUAUAUUGGGGUGGGGAGGCCGAUGAUUACGUUUUAUGCGACGUCGGAGGCGGGGAGGUCGCAUUCGUUGAAGAAUGUUGCGACGAAGGUUACGAGUGCUGUUACAAACGCAAUGUUCUCCUUCGCCAAAACAAUCUGGACCCACACCCCCACCUCCCUCACCUCUGCCUACCCGCCCUCCACCCCCUCCCCUCCCGGCACUCCCACAUCCUCAACACCCACCCUCCCCGACACAGUAGCCCCGCCCGUGCGCAUGCCCGCCCUCUGCACCCUCUCCGACACCCAACGCCAAAUCACCUCCAUCAAACUGUCCCCCCCCUGCACGCUCACGGGGAAAUCGAAACUGGCGGCGGUGACGGAUUCGCUGGGGAGGUGCAUGCUCGUGGAUGUGGAGGAGGCGAUGGUCGUGCGGGUGUUCAAGGGAGUGAGGGAUGCGCAGUGUGGGUGGGUGCAGGUUGAGGCGGGGUUGCGGGGGGGCUCAGGCGGGCGACAUGACACACCAGAGGGAUCGAGACGGAGAGGGAAACCCCCCACCCUUCUACUUGCAAUCUACGUCGCGCGCGGCGUGCUGGAGCUGUACCACGUACGCCACGGCCCGCGCGUCGCGGCGCUUGCGGUCGAUAGGGAGUGUAAGUUGGUGCAGACGGCCACCGGGGUGUUGGGUGGGGCUUAUGGUGGGCAGGGCGGGCCGGGGACGGGCGGGUUGGCGCAGUGUGUGUUGGUUGGGCCGACAGGGGAGGUGAGGCGGGUUAGGCCUGAGGGGUGUUUCUGAAGGCUUGGGGUGGGAUAUCAUCCCCAUUUACGCUUUGCCGUUCCGAUAUCAUUUGUACAUACGACAUAUUUGGGUCUCUGGGAUCUACCCCUCACUGCGAAUCAUAACGGCAAUAGACGCAAAGACCCCCGCCAUUAAGCUGUCUACUUAUACUGUCGGAAGGGAGUAAAGGCGGGAAUCAACAC